GUGGUGAUCGUGGACGAGGGGCACCAGAUCAAGAAUCCGUCGUGCCAGGUGGGCAAGGCGUUGAGGAAGCUCGAGACGCGGUCGCGGCUGCUGCUGACUGGCACCCCGCUGCAGAACAAGCUGCUGGACCUGUGGGCGCUAAUGGACUUCGUGCAGCCCUCGCUGCUGGGCAACGCCACGACCUUCGAGAAGAACUUCUCAGACGCGAUAUCCAAGGGGUCGAAGCGCAACUCCACGCGUUUCGAGGUGGAGCUGAAAGACCGGCUCGCGCGCGAGCUCAAGGUGCUGACCAGCCCGCACUUCCUGCGCCGCCUGAAGAGCGAGGUCACGUCCACGGCGACGGUGCCGCAGGCGCCCGAGCAGCCGGCCACCUCGCCGCAGGGACUGCCCGCCAAGACCGACGUCGUGCUCUGGCUGAAGCUCACCCAGGCACAGGAGGAGCUCUACAACCUGUUCCUGAAGACGGACCUCGUGCGCGCCGCGUCUGGCUCGGGCAAGUGCGGGAUGGAGACGUUGAGGGCCAUCGCGCUGCUGAAGAAGCUGUGCAGCCACCCGAUGUUGUGCUUACCCCCGAACGAGUUCCUUGACUGGAAGAGCAAGGUCGUCGGCGGCGGCGCCGCGGCGAGCCAGGCGUCGCAGCCCGCCGCGGCGGCGGGCCAGGCCGCCUCGCAGGGGGCGACCGAGGGGGACGAGGAGGCCACGCAGCCGGCGGCGGAGUGCCAGCACGUGAUGCCGCGGCUGAGGUCCCUGGUGCCCAACUCUGUCCAAGGGGCGGCCCUCCUCUCCUGCAAGCUGCGGGUGCUGUCGACGCUGCUGCCGCAGCUGCAGAAGCGCGGGCACCGCUGCCUCAUCUUCUCCCAGAGCACGCGGGUGCUGGACCUCAUACAGUGCUGCGUCCUGCGCACGCUGGGGCUCAAGUUCUUGCGCAUCGACGGCACCGUCGAGGCGAAAGACCGCGACCUGAAGCUCGCGAAGUUCCAGCAGCCGGACUCGCGCUAUUUCUGCAUGUGCCUGAGCGUGCAGACGGGUGGCACGGGCCUCACGAUCACAGGCGCCGACCGCGUCAUCCUGGUGGACCCGGCGUGGAACCCCUCCGCCGACGCCCAGGCGAUCGACCGCGUGCACCGCAUCGGGCAGCAGAAGGACGUGGUGAUCUACCGCCUCAUCGCCGCCGGCGCCAUCGAGGACAAGAUGUUCCGGCUGCAGGUGUUCAAACGCGGGGUGUCGAAGAGCUACCUCGAGCAAGAGCAGCAGCUCCGCUUUUUCUCGCACAAGGAGCUAAAACAGCUCUUCGAGCCGCCCAGCGAGGCCUCGUCCACGCAGUCCCUGAUGGCGGAGCAGAUCGGCACCGAGGCACUCGAGCACGCGGAGCUGCUCAGCGUGGUGGCCUCGGACAUCGGCAACACCGACGACGAGGACGCCCUGGCCUUCUGGCAGAGCUCCGACGUCCUGGGCUUCUCGGACUACCAGCGGCUGUUCAUGUUCCUGGAGCAGGCCCGCGAGGGAGAGGAGGACGCCGUGCAGCAGGCGAAGGAGAUGGCGGCGAGGCUCAAGAGCGAGGAGUACAUCAAGGACCAGGCGAG